AUGGCGGACUGUUACCAGCUCACUGCUAAUAAAGAAAUAGACUGUGCCGACUACUUCAUCUUCUGCGGCCAUAUGUAUGCCCUCGUUGGUGACAAACCAAUCCUUCGUAACGCCGCUCUCAGCGCGAUUUUUACCAUGCCCAUAGUCGUGACUACCGUCGCCAACACUCUACUGCUCCUGUUGGUUCUGUCGAAAACCAAGACGCAGGGUUGUGUGCACAGGGAGUUCGGUAUGACUCUCUACGUCUUCAUCAUCCUGGGCGUUGUGAUGGACAACGUACUGACAACCUUCUUUCUGCGCAGUGUCCCCUGGAUUGGUGGACCGGCAAUUGAGAUAGCUACUCGACUGAACGCUGUCUGCAAGUUCCUCGCCUUUUUGCGCACGUUCUUCAGUGCUGCACGUUCAAAUUUAAUGCUGGCGCACGUAAUGCUGCAUGUUUUUACAGUGAAAUUGCACUCAGAGCGAGUUAAAGUCACCAGCUCGUCCAUUUUCUUGAAUCUGGGUUGUAUCGCAGUGGCCGGAAUGCAGGCAAUUCCAACCUGGCUGAUUUAUGGCAACUGGGCGAUCGCUGGACGCUUUGCCUGCCUACCAGACCCCGAGUGGCCAUUUAGCCUCGUUGUCUACUAUAUCAUCCACGAGGUGAUGUUCUGUGAUGGGAUCAUCCAGAGUCUGGUCACGAUACUGGGCAGUAUUCGGCUAAGAAAGCUGAUGAAACGGCUGGGCAUGCUCGUGGACUGUCUCCACUUCAAAACCGAUGCCGAGUCGAUUCUAUUUGAAAUCCUAUGGACGGUCAAACAACGUAUGGCCCGAAAACAGGAGUGCUAUCGGAUCGUUGCCCUGCACGGCAUCCUCUUUUCCUGCGCCAAGAUUUGUCAGGCAGCGGUAACUUUGGCGAUGGGUAUCCAAAUUUACGUUUCGCAGACGAAUAUCCGCAGCGAACGAGGCUGGCGCAACCUCCUUUUCCUCAGUAGUGUUCGUGAUCUGUUUAUGCUCUGUGAGCUCUGCAGUCAUCUAGUAAACACCUGGUGCUGCUAUUUCUGGCAGCUCAACUUUCACAACUGCUGUAUUGCCUGUGUAGUAAAGAUUUUUAGACCAUUCAGGCGGAUACGGCGAUUACUGAACAGUCGAACCUACCAGGAUGAUGCGCUGCUUGAAACGAAGGAACAUAAGAAAAAGCGAAAAAAGCAUAGGGGAGACAUAGACUAUAUCUACAUUAACUAUCUUCAAACUCUGAGCUCCAGGCUGACUGAUGAGCGGCUGGAUCAGUGCUUGGAAUGGCUAGUUGAACAGGAGAGUCUGCCACAGGAAUUGAAAGUAUUCUUAGACAAUAUGGGCUACUGA